UAUCUUCUAACAACAUUAUAUACAUAUUGAAGAACAAUACCUCAUAUACUUCUAUAGAUAUAUUAACUUUUGAUCAGACAUAAGAUUAGUUCGAAGCUCUUUGCACACUGUUUUGCUAUUUUCUUCUCAACGUUCGCCGCACAAUUCCUAGUCUUGUGAAAAAUAAAGGUUUGUAAUUAACUUAACACACACGAUGAUGAAUAUUGCACCAUUUGUUUCUUGCAAACAUCAACCACGUAUUAAUUUUCGAGACGGUCUAACUAUCGAUCCCUUUAUUCCCCGUCGACGAAAGGAGAAGGUGGUUAUAGUUAUGGGUGCAACAGGCACUGGAAAAUCUAGACUUUCCAUUGAUCUAGCCAACCAUUUUUCAGCAGAGGUUGUGAAUAGUGACAAAAUGCAAAUUUAUGAAGGUCUCGAUAUAGUAACAAAUAAGGUUACAGAUGAGGAGACUUGUGGAAUUCCACAUCAUUUGUUAUCAAUUAUUGAUCCUAACGAAGUUUUCACUGCCACGGACUUUUGCCAACAUGCUUCAAUAGCUGUGGAUUCGAUCAUAAAAAAGGGUCAACUACCAAUCAUUGCUGGGGGGUCAAAUUCGUACAUUAAAGCACUAGUGAAUGACGACAUUGAAUUUAAGUCCAGGUACGAAUGUUGCUUUCUUUGGAUCGAUGUAAAUUUGAAAAUACUACAAAGGUUUGUGUCAGAACGAGUCGAUAAGAUGGUAAAAGAUGGGCUAGUAGAGGAAGUACGGGAAUUUUUCAACUCUGAAGGCGAUUAUACAAGUGGAAUUAGACGUGCAAUCGGAGUACCAGAAAUGGAUCAAUAUUUUAGAAAUGAGAAUAAUAAAUUGAUCGAUGAAGAUGUCCGGGACAAGAUGCUUCAAAUUUCUAUCGAAAAAAUUAAGGUCAAUACAUGCAAAUUGGCAUGCUGCCAGCGUCAAAAUAUUCUUAGACUUGAGACCCAACUUGGAUGGAAUAUAAAUCGAUUUGAUGCCACUGAAGCAUUUGAAAAGAAAGGUAGUGAAUCACAUAAAGCAUGGCAUAGGAUUGUAUCUGAACCAAGUGCUCGAAUUGUUCGUCAUUUUCGUGGUGAAGAACUUCUCAAUAUCCCGUCUCCUCCUCCUUCUUCUUCAACUUCCUUCUUGCCUGCCGUUGUUACGGCAAGUCACUAGAAGAACAUUGUCCACAUUUGAUCUAUAUUUACUAUAUAUAUCUUCAUAGUGUGGCAAUAUUUGCUAAAAUCAAUAACAUAAUACGUAUGAAUCUUUGUAUCGCGUCUGCAUGAAAGAAGGGAAAUACUCUCUUGGGAAGUGCGUUAGUUCCCUAGCUACAAUGUUAAGUGGUGGCAACUAUAUUGCACGAGCCAAUUUUUGAUACCCUUUGUCAUUGGGUAUUUUUCUAGGUUCUUUAAUUGUGGGGUCUUGUUAACUUUUUGAAUGUGUAUGCUGUAUUCUAUGCACCUAAAAUAAAUCGUGUAGGACAUUUGCCACCACUCUCUUCACACUGGAAAAAAAAAAGGGAGGACAUGAGCUGUAUUAUUCUAUCACUUUAAUGUAAAAGUACUUUGCCUGUAUGUACUAUGUAUAUGAGGUGAUGUCUAAGGGAAAUGCCUCGUGUUUGUUUAUGAUUCAAUGAAUGUCAUCAAUGCGCCAGCAAGUGAAAUAUGA